AUGUCUAAUGGAAGCCUGGAAAGCCAUUUGCAUUGUGAUGCUGACAAGUGUAAUAUUGGGGGUGUCUAUAAAUUGGAUUUACAGACAUUAGCUCAGACAGCCUUGGGCGUUGCCCGUGGCUUGUCCUAUCUCCAUCAUGAUUAUUCAAUUCAAGUUGUUCACUAUGAUUUGAAGCCCAACAAUAUACUUUUGGACUUCUAUAUGAUUGCACAUACAGUUGAUUUUGGAAAUGCUCAUAUACUACCUAAAAAUUCUCUGCAUGCAUUGUUUGAUGCAGAGCAUGGAGUUGGUGCAAGGAUUUCAGCUAAGGGAGAUGUUUACAGCUAUGGAAUUCUAUUAUUGGAGAUGCUAACAGGAAAGAGGCCAACCCACUAG